GAAUGGAGCUAGAACAUGGUUUGUUUGUGUGUUACAGAUGGAGGUGGUUCACCAGCUGCCGUGCCCUAUAAUCAUGUGGUUGGUGCCCAGGGAGGAAAUGGUGGAUUUGGUGGUAAUGGCGGUAACGGUGGCUUCGGAGGUAAUGGUGGUUUGGGUCCCAAUGGUCCAAAUGGACCCAACGGUCCUAAGGGACCCAAAGGUCCCAAUGGUCCAUUUGGCCCCAAUGGCCCACCAGGUCCUCCCGGCCCAACUGGCUUCGGAAAAGGAUCGGGUUCGGGAACCCCAGGAAAACUUGGUCACAACGUGGGAUUCGGCGGCGGAUAUUCUGGCAGUUUAGAAGGACAGGCAUCGACCGGUUUUCCUGGGGCCAUCGGAUACACCCAAGGUUAGCAUAC